AUGAGAGAAAUCAUACAAGUAAACAUAGGAGAAGCAGGUAUCCGAAUAGGGGACAAUCUUAUUAGAAAGCUUUAUAGUAAUCUCAAAGAGCAGGACAUUUUCUUUGAGAAAUUAAAUGAGUCCAAUAACUAAUAUGGUAAUAAGGAUAUUUAGAGGCUUUAUCAGGAAUCAAUGACUAAUGGAUUGAUAAAGCCGAGAGCAGUAUUUUUUGACCUAGACCCAGAAUCUCAGAACAUUCUAACUAAUAGUAUCUAGGAUAAACUUAUUAACACAGAAAGCACGUACUUUGGUUUGGAAUCUUCUGCCAAUAAUUGUAUAAGAGGAGAAAUUACAAUAGGAAAAGAUAUUUUAGAAAAUUGCAUGGAAAUAAUUUUAAGGCAGGCUGAAUAAUGUGACAAUAUAUAAGGAGUAAUAGUCAAUCACAGUAUUAGUGGGGGUACAGGUUCAGGAUUAGGGGGUAGCCUUAUCUCGAGGAUUUAAAUUGAGCUUGGCAUAAAAGCAUGCAUGAGUAACAUGAUCUUUCCAAGCAAUAAUGCUGUUGAUGAAAUAAUAGUUAGCCCAUACAAUGCUGUCUAUGGAAUGCAUACCUGUAUGGAGUACCUAUCUAUAGGGAAUGUCAUUACAAAUGUGGGUCUAUAAAAUCACUGUAGGUAUAAUAAGAGAAUAGAAAAUCCAGGGAUCCCUGAAAUAAAUGACCUCAUUACUGAUGGCUUAAGUAUCCUUUUUCAGCAUUUAAUGUAAAGAAAUACAAGUGGAAGAGUCUUAGAUUUAUAAGACUUGUGUAACAGUUUGCAGCAGCUUCCAGAUCUCAGAUACAUGACUCCUUCAUUAGUCGUAGACACAUAUAGUAGUCUAAUGUACAGUGAUGAAAAAACUAUUGCAAAUGAACUGACCAAAUCUGCUUUUGAUAAGUCCUAUUAGUUUAAUCAUGGAGCAUAUUCCAAAUUAUAGGAUGCAAUUCCGCAAAGUUUUUAAGUCUCAAGUCAUAUGUAUUCAGGUUAAGCUCAGAUUAGAGAUGUCAUGACUACCUUAAAGUAAAUGACUACAGUAAUACAGUAAAAAAGCGAACCUUAAAUGUACCUAAUGAAUGACAAUUUUUUCGUAUCUAUUUAGGACAGCUUAAUAGCUAGACGUGAUGAAGAGGAAUAUUCAAAAUUAAAGGUAUUUUCUUUAUCUCAGGACUAUGCAAUGGUCAAUGUAUUCUAAGAACUUGCUGAAAAUUUUGAUAAAUUAUAUUCAAAGAGAGCAUUUCUGCAUUGGUAUCUUGGGGAAGGUCCUAGUGAAGGAUUUUUUGGCGAAUCUCGAGAGGAUCUGGCUAACAUUAUACAAAGAUAUGAAGAGAACUAUAAUUAAAAUUAAAAUUCAGUUCAUAUUGAUGAAUGA